CUCACUAUGGCUGCUUGAAUGGAGACGAUAUGAUGCUCAAGCUGUGCCCGGACAAUACCUGGCAAUGUCCCCACUGUAAAAUUUGUGUGGAGUGUUUCGAAACUUCUAAUGCGGGUAAUCUCAUAGUGUGUUCAGUGUGCGCGGACGGAUACCAUCCAUCUUGUCAUCCAUCCAUAAUCACUGAAAAAAUAAAAAACGGAUCGAGAUGGAUAUGCUCCAACUGCCAAAUGACCGACGACAUAAAGCUUAAUGAUAUUCACACCAAUAUUGGGGAAACCGUUCGACAUAACAUUUCAGUUAACAACGACGGUGGCAAGGAAGCUCUUCAAUUCCACUCAAACUCCGAACAAUCUACGCCAUAUGACUCACCCGCUGGAAGCCCACCCAUACUGAGCCCUAUAGGGAAAAUCUCCUCUGAUCCUGAUCGAGAGGGUAAUUCGGACUCCAACAGUGGAAAAGAGGAAUCUGAACAUGAGGACCCCACUAUUGAUCCCUCCAUCCCAGAUGCUACACAUUGGACGCCCGACGAAGUCUAUCAGUAUUUUGCUCAAUUUUUUCCGGAAGAAGCGAAAGUGUUCAAGGAACAGGAAAUUGACGGCCGUUCGUUGUUACUCCUCAAGAGAAUGGAUGUGUUAACCAGCCUCAAUCUCAAACUGGGACCGGCAUUAAAAAUCUACCGACAUGUAACAAUGCUGCAAGUGCGUCGUGACGAUCGCAGCCUUUAUUGGUUGUAAAAUAUCAUUUUCGGGACUGACCUCUCUCUGCUGAUCAAGUUUUCGAGUAAUAAUUAUUUUUAUUUGGUCACUAUUAUUACUAUUAUUUGUAUAUUACGUUCAAUUGCAUAUCCAUGUAAGUAUUAGGCUAAAAUUCUAUAUUUGUCUUAGGUUUCGUUUAAUUUGUAACUUGUAGAUGUACAUAAAUGAAUAAAAAGAUAAAAAUGUU